CAAUACCGGAAAUGAUGAUUUUUGUUCUCGUGAAUCAGCUGAUGAGGAAACUGACUUGAGUGUUACAAAUAAGAUGUGUUGACCACAAGUAACCAAAAUCAGUUUUUAACAAAUGGUCCGUUUAAAAUCGGAAGUUUGUGCUAACCGUGGCCCCUUAACACGUCUUAGAGCGAAUAUUGAUUUCAAAUGUCUUGUUAAUGUAAAAGACAGGAGCGAGUAGCUGCACCAGUGAACGAGAUCUGAUUAGUUCUCCUCUGUGAAGCACAGCAUGGAUCCCUUAGGAGCUCGUUCUCAAUUUGUGGAUGUCCUUAACCUCCCUACCUGGUCCCAGUCUCAGGGAAACCAGGACGAAGAUGACGUAGAGAACGAUUUUAAAGAAGAUGAUGGCAUCCUGACCAAUCAGAUCAACUCUUUAACGUCCCCUUUCUCUUUCAGACAAGACAUCAACAGCAAGAUUGUACUUUUUAAUGGAGAUGUGGCACUUUUAAACUGUACUGCGAUCGUCAAUACAAGUAACGAGACACUAACAGACAAAAACCCUGUAUCAGACAGCAUUCACAGACACGCUGGGCCUGAGCUGAAGGAUGAACUGCUCAAAUUGAAAGGAUGUCGGACGGGUGAGGCAAAAAUGACAGAGGGCUUUAACUUGGCCGCACGCUUCAUUAUUCAUACGGUUGGACCCAAAUAUAAAGCCAAAUACAGGACAGCUGCAGAGAGUUCUCUAUACAGCUGCUACAGAAAUGUCAUGCAGCUCGCCAAGGAAUACGGCAUGGGGUCUGUAGGUUUCUGUGUGAUCAACACAGUCAAAAGGGCAUAUCCACUGGAGGACGCCAUACAUAUAGCAUUAAGGACUGUUCGUAGGUUUCUUGAGAACCAUGGUGAGAACAUCGAGACUGUGGUGUUUGCUGUUUCAGAUGUUGAAGAGCCAGUGUACAUGAAGUUAAUGCCUCUGUAUUACCCACGCUCAAAGAGAGAAGAGAAAGCCAGUCUUCCUCUCCUGCCUGCAGACAUCGGCAAUGCUGAGGGUGAGCCUGUAGUCCCCGAAAGACAGAUCCGAAUCGCUGAAAAGCCGGGAAAUCUGGAUGAUGACUCUGGGGAUGAAUCGCUUGAAUCAGACCUGGGGCUUGUUGGAAAUCACGCAUUCGCUCGUAUGGAAGGAGACGUGGAUAAGCAGCGGAAACUCAUCCUGCAGGGCCAAAUGUCUGAGGUGGCCCAGCAGAAACAGCACCAAAGGAACUAUAACCGCUGGCUGUGCCGAGCACGGGCAGAUGAUCUCUCAGACAUAGCAGCAUUAAAAGCAUUAUAUCAAACCGGUGUUGAUAUAUGUGGCAGGACGGUCAUGGUAGUUGUCGGCAGGAAUAUUCCAGUUACGAUCAUUGAUAUGGAGAAGGCCUUACUUUAUUUCAUCCAUGUAAUGGACCAUAUUACGGUAAAGGAGUAUGUGAUGGUGUAUUUCCACACGCUCACCAGUGAACACAACCACCUGGACACAGACUUCCUCAAAAAGCUCUAUGAAAUUGUGGACACCAAGUUUAAGAAAAACCUGAGAGCUUUCUACUUUGUUCACCCAACAUUCCGCUCCAAGGUGUCUACAUGGUUUUUCACAACGUUCAGUGUAUCAGGCCUGAAAGAGAAAGUUCAUCACAUAGAGAACCUGCAGCAGCUCUUCACCUGUAUCCUACCAGAGCAGAUUGACAUCCCUCCUUUUGUCCUGGAGUAUGACGCACGGGUUAACAGCCCGUAUUAUACGUCUCACUCCUCCGGUCUGUGACGGUAUCAGAUAAAGCAAGUGCAGUAAGGUUUGACAGGAUCUGUCACUGUAUGCUGAGCCUCUGGGCAAACACUGAACCCGAUGACACUGAUGGCUAUGUCAGAGAUGUAUCUCCGUCAUUCCUGGAAAGCAAAGUUUUCCUGGUGACAAACGGAGAUAGACGAUCCUCCUUCUUUCAAUAAUGCUGUAUAAACAUAACCUGCUGAACGUGCCACAGACUGAAACGAAACCAAAAUGUCAAAGAAGGAACUGCUGGUUUGACUUAAACUGAAAGUUUGAAAAAUGUAUAUAUAUAUAUAUUUGACAAAUAUGCAUAACAACUGAUAUUUUGUACCUGGAAACAAUAAUUACUGCCGUUUUUUAUUUCUAAUGUCCAUCUCUUUGGUUCAUUUAGUAAUCUUACCACUAUAGUUUGCCACCUAAGUCUACAUUGUUUUGUAGUUUUAUUGCAUUCCACAUCUGCACGGUCACCAUCUGGAGCAGUUUAUAUUUUUCAGCCACAAAGACAGUUAAAGUUUUAUCUCUGGCAUUAAGCAUAAACAUUACUACAGAUUCACCCGAAAGAUUGCUGUUUAAAGCUGUUUGUCCAACACUCUCAGAGAAAAG